CAUUGUUUGUUUUGUUUUGUGUUGUGUAAUUUAUUAUGUCAAAAUACCGUUUAUUUUGAAAUGUGUCAGACAUGAAGUCACCGAUGCAGUAACAUGAAACAAUGGUUUAGAGACCGUUCUUUUUUCCAACUUUCCGAAGAGUCCAAUAAACGAUGGACGUGGAGGAGCCCCUCGAUGCUUCUCGCAUCGUGAACAUCGACGAAACGUCCGGUGAUGACAUCCAGAAGAUCUCUAUUAUCCAGUCGCUGCCUCAACUCUGCAGCAUGGACCAGGCCUCCACAUACAACAGGGUCAUCCCCAAGAUACAGCAUGACCUGAUCAACGGCUCCAGUGAGUUCCAGAUCUCCACUAGUCGGGUCUUCAAGUCCCUCAUCGAAACCAAAUCAAACAUCAGCUUGAUUACCUCUGUGGUACAAGGAGUUGAUGCCAAAGAUCCCAAUGUCUCAUCUUCCUGGUGUGACACCUUAAUUUCAUUGGUACCUACACUCAACGAAGAUGUAUUAAAGACAACGGUGAUACCAUUGGCUAAAGAAAAAUCUGCACCAAACCAACCAAUAUCAUCCAAAGUGUUUGCAAGCAAUUUAAUUGGAAAAUUGUGCAUUUACCCAAAUUUCAAAUCAUUCGAUAUUAAAAAAGAUUUGUUACCAUUAACUUUAAGCUUAUGCCAAGAUUGCUCUCCGGACGUUCGAGCAGCAAUAUGCACCAAUUUACCCUUAGUAGCUCAAGGCGUUGGAAAGCUGUUUGUAAAGAGCAAUUUGCUUCCAAGUAUUAUAGAAUUGGCAUCGGAUGAGAAUGGGUCUGUUAGAGGAGCUUCUGUUGUUACAAUUUCAACCAAUUUGCAGUAUUUGGAUAAUGAUACUAAGAAGCAAACUAUGGUUCCACUGCUGAAGCAGUUGAGUGAGAAAGGGCUCAGAAAGAAUGAUCCUACUGCUAUUAUUUUGGCCAACGAGUACGGCGUUUUGUUGAAGUCUCUCCAGAAAUCUAUACCACCUGCGGAGAUCGAGUAUUUUCUGAAAUGCUACAAAAGCUUUUCGCAGAUGGGGAAAGUUAAUAAUGAUGUGAAAGUAGACGCGUCGAAAGAUGUUAUAUGCAGAGAGAGAUGUGCUUGCAAUGUGAUAUUGGUGUUGCAAUUCACGAUGGCCGUUGCUCCGAAUCAAUUACCAUUUAUAUACGGAAUCUUCCGAGAAUUAGCAGCUGAUCCAUGCUAUUUGGUGAGGAGGUCUGCGGCAGGGACCAUUUCGAAGAUAGCUAUAACCUUGGGCAAUCAGAACAAAAUGGUUAAGAAUGAGUUUGUUAAGUUGUUAAGGGAUGAUGCGGUCGAGGUGCUGGAUCUCCUUGUGCCGACAAUUUCCGAAACACUCAUGAGCUUCUGCGACAAUGACACUCUUUCAAAUACGACUUCGAACCAGAUAACAUCCGACAUAGGUCGAGCUUUAUUCAAGUGCCAAACGGAGCUGUCCAAAGCCUACAAUUGGCGCUUAACUGUUACGUUUCUCUCACAAUUGGAGUGUCUUCCAUUCUGCAUGCCAGCUGAGUUCAUACACAACAAUUUCACUCCAGUUUUGAUGGACAGGAGUUUAAAUGGAAAAGCUAAACCUAUUAGAAUCCAAUCAAUUCGAACGCUAAUUGUCUUUUUGAAGUAUAAUUUCAAAGAAAAUCAGCAUAAAUGGCUCAGAGAAUCGCUGAUCAAACAAUUGGCGCGUUCCAAUAGCUGCUACACGAGGAUGCUUUACUUCAAUUGCUGUGAGGCUGUGCUCAAUGUCUUCAGCGAAAAGUAUUUUAAGGAAUUCUUUCUACCACCGUUAAUUGCUUUGGCCACUGAUAGAAUUUCGAAUAUCCGCUAUGGUUUCGUGAUGUUCAUGUCAAAAUUGAAGAACAUGGUGACGUUUUCCACGGAUUUAAAAACGAAACAGGUCGUGUUUGAGGCGUUCAGCAAAUUAGAAAUAUCCGAGAAAAAUAAAGAUGUAUUGGAUCUGGUUAGGAUUAAGAAGAGGGAGUUGACUGCUAGGAGGAAUGAAGAAAGAUUGAAAGAGGAGGAUAGGCGAAUUGCGGAGGAAUCGUCUGGGGUUAUACAAAGAUUUGUUGCUGCUCCUGUUCAACAAAAUGUUGCAGCUAUUCCAAUCGGUGAUGGUAAAAGGAGGAACGACGUGAGGAUUGCCCAAUCUGAAAUGACUUUCUUGGAGAAGCAUUUUUAUACGGAUGCUGGAGUCUCGAUCCCCAAAGAAAGUCAUUUGACAGCAGAGCCCAAAUUAGAUGUAGAAUUGGUAGAGGAUGUUGAAAGCGAACCGACAGUAUUAAGUGAUAUUAAGUCGCUGAGCGACUCUGAGAUUCUGAACACGACGAACAUCACUGACGACGUGAAAGUUAACUUGAGAAAGAUAUACAGGAACAAGUCGAAGAUCGUUCCACCAAAGACUUACCGCACUAGUAUUACCGACCAGAAGGCUAAACGCUACUCCAGUAUUCUUUCGAGCAACUGCAUCGACAGAGACAAGAAGACGAUGAACAGACGUAGUCUCAACCUGACGACUUCCUCGCGCAGCGAUCUGAGCAAAAUCCCCGUCUGCUCCCGCGCCACCUCCACCAGUAGACUAGACACGGAUCCAUCGACAAUAAGAAAGUCAGAGACAAGUACCAAAGCCUUAGAGUUAUGUGAUAAGCAACUUUCCGCGUCUGACGGUUCUUUAGAGAAAGACAAGCGUUGCUCGGAGAACGUCAGAGUGAAAUCGCUUUCAAAUCUACCAAUCUUGUUAAGGAAAAACCUCGUACUGAAGAAAUGAAGUACUUAAGUAUUAUUCAAGUUAUUGCUUUGUAAUAAUUUAUAUUUAUA